AUGAAGUUCUUUGCUCUUCUUUCUGGACUGGCUUUAGCCGCCGCCCUCCCUUCCCAGCCUGACUCAGAGGCGCUCAGCCUCCGAUCCGAGCCAAGCAUUCUCCAUGACCUUGUUUUGAAUGUCACCUCUUUCCCUGAGCAGAAUGAGGUCCUCAUUGACUACUUGUACAAACCGGGAGUCGACUUCUAUCAAGAGAUGGGGUUUUCGGCCGAUACCUCCCUCGCUCGACGCACUGAUGUCAAUAUUCCUGGCAUCGGCGAACGCAUUUCUGUCGCAUUUCGAAUUGCCACCGUUACGAUUAUUCGUGCAGCUGCGGAUGUUCUCCGUGUUGAAAUCGACAAUCUGGUGAACUAUACUAUCACUGUCACUCUGAACUGGGCUACUGGCACUGAGGAAGAGAAGGUUCCCGGCAGUGCUACGGUGAAAGAAAGUAUCACUAUUCCUGACCGAAACGGUCAGAUUAGGGUUACUGCAUCCAGGUUUUCCUAA